AUGGCCAAUUUAACUUCACUUUCUAUUCUUGAGUUAAUUGACUGUCAGCUACAUGGUUCAGCCCCUUAUCUUCCUCAACUCAAAGAGCUUGAUGUGAGUGGUAACGGCGAUCUUCAUGUUGAUCUAACUUGGAUGUUCAAACAUCGAUGCCCCAAACUGCACCGUUAUUUUCAAAUAUCAAAUACUGUAGUAAACAAAUCAAUCCCGAGUUCAUUUUCAAAUGGGCCGUUAUUGGUCAUUCUUUAUGCCUCUUCAUGUUAUAUUCAGGGACCUUUACCUUCUUCGCUGUAUAAUCUUUCUUAUCUUAAAAUUCUAGACCUCUCUUACAAUUCCAUAACAGGUUUUAUUCAUCCUUCAAUCUCCAACUUGAAAAUCCUUCGCUAUCUGGACUUGUCUUUCAAUAGUUUUCAAGGGUCCAUGCCAAAAUCAAUCUGUCAGAAUUUUCCUCUCGAAGUACUUAAUUUGGAAUUUAAUAAUUUAACAACAAGAAUCCCAAGCUGCAUAUCAAAGCUCCAAAAUCUUAGGGAAUUUACAGCUACUGGAAACUUUAUUGAGGAAUUGGAUGUGUCUCAGAAUAGUUUAACAGGAACUAUCCCUUCUCGUCUCUUCAAACUGAAAUAUCUUCGUAAGAUAAAUGUGGGGGAGAACAAACUUCACGGUCUAGUGUCUCUUCCACCUCAAGGUAUAGAAGAGUUUGAUCUGUCAAAUAACAAGUUCAGUGGGGAAAUCUCAUUAGAAUUUGGAAAAAGACUAUCUCAGAACCAGGCUUUAUUCACAUCUACUAGCUCUAUUGAUCUGUCUAACAACAAGCUUUCUGGGAGUAUACCUUCUAAUAUAGGGUACUACGGAAGCCUGGAGACUCUCAAACUUGGCCACAACAAUCUCUCAGGAAAAGUUACCGAGGAGCUUAAAUUAGCCGAAUACUUGAGUUUUCUGCAAUUAAACAACAACUAUCUCGAUGGUACUCCUCUUAACCUCAUCAGUGAAUUUUACCGGUUGGAAUUUCUUAACUUGGCAGAUAACAACUUUGAAGACAGUAUACCAGCUGCUCUUGGUUUACUUCAAGGCCUUCGUUUUUUUUCUUUAAGGUCGAACAAGUUCAGUGGGUCAAUACCGGAAGAGAUUAUUCAUUUGCAAAAUCUCCAACUAUUAGAUUUAUCACUAAACAACUUCUCAGGCCGUAUUCCUAACAAUUUAGGGAACUUGAGUGGAUUGAUAGAUACUAGCGACUAUUUAUUGCCUGAGAGUUAUGGUGAUGUUCGGUUGGACAUCGCAACCAAAGGGAUAAUGAUAGAAAUUAAGAAAUUAACCGACUACAGUUCAAUGAUUGACCUAUCGAGCAAUAAUUUUGACGGAGACAUUCCAAAAGAGAUUGGCUUGUUAAAAUUGCUUUUGUCGCUUAAUCUGUCCCAUAAUCAUUUCUCGGGUGCUGUCCCAGAAAGUAUUGCAGACUUGUUAGGGCUAGAGUCUCUGGAUUUGAGUUCUAAUAAAUUGUCUGGGCAUAUCCCACAAGCUCUGACAACAAUCGAUUCUCUUGCUGUCCUAAACUUAUCUUCAAAUAACCUGAGUGGAAGGAUUCCUAGAGAACCUCAUUUUGAUACACUUAGUUUGGAUGGUUCUGCUUUUUCAGGGAAUGAGUUAUUGUGUGGAUAUCCUACCAAAAAAAUUUGUGAGAGUAAUUCCAAUACUAAUACUAGUGAUGGGAAUAAUGAAUUUGAUGAAGUCGAUCAAGAGGAUGCAAAAGACAAGUUGUUGUUGUAUGCUAUCUCUGCCUUGGGGUUUGGAGUUGGUUUUUGGGGUUUGUUCUUUGUUCUAUUUCUAAAGAAACAAAAAUGGUGGUUUCCGUAUUGGACGUUUAUUGAUUCUAUUGUUGUUAGAAUAAUCAAUUGUAUCCACAACACACGAUGGUAA